UUUUGUCGACCACUUCAGGCGAGUCUACGAUCUAGUGGAGGGAUAUCAGAUCAUACCUUUUGUUUUAUUGGUAGUUCAUCGACAAACAAAACAUAAUUGAAUCUAAUUAAGUAUGGUUUCGUGGUACAAUAGAUGAUUAACCUCAAGAUCGAAUCAACGAAGCCAAUCAAUGACGGUUGUUGAAUUAUACACAUCAAUGAAGAACCCGUCUCCCCUCAGAAAUUAUGCGGCUCAAGUUGAGAAGAGAACAAGCGAAGAUUGAGUUGAGGUUAUGUGAAUAGUAAGGCAUUUACCGUUGAAAGGUAGCUAAAAGAACGGGAAUGUAAUGUGGUGAACGGAUUUUACUGAAGUUCUGUUUUUAAGUCAUGUUCUUUAUGGAAUAUUGUGAAACGUUAUAAUUGUAGAUUGUUAGUAAAAUUCAAGUUUAAGUUCGUAUCACAUCACACUGUCACAGUUUGUCCGUGUCAUAUUUAGUGUAGUGUGUGUUAAAAAUUGCAACUGGCCUGAGUGUGAUAAACAAGGUAUAACGUGGUAAACAGUGGGGUUAUUUGGAUUUUUCUUUUACUGUGGAGCAUCACACCGUGCUGAAUUGAGAGUUUUAUACGGCUAUGAGGGUACUAGCCGACCGACACGGUGGCCCAAUGCUGUAUGUUUCGGUCUAAACGAAACGCCCUCGUGAAGCGGCUUUGGAAGCAUAGAGUAACCAAAAAUGAAGGCGACAGUACGUCUGAAACUGCAGAGGAUUUAGAAAUCAAGUCAGUGGCACAAUCUAUGCUCAAAAGACUUGAGGAAAAACAAUUACAGCUGUUAGUUCAGUCUGUAGAAUCAAAAGGGGGUGAAACAACGGACUGUGUUUUGCUUCCGAAGGGGGACCUCAAACUGGGAAGAAGGAUGGUCGCCCCUCAUAUUUUGUGUUGUCAGAUAUGGCGUUGGCCUGACAUAUCAGAAAAUGUGGAAUUAAAACGUUUAUUGUGUUGUUCAUCUGUAAAUGACCAAUCGCACAUUUGUUGCAAUCCGUAUCACUGGAGUAUACUAAUCAAACCAGAUGUACAGAUGCCUGCUCAUUGUCAGUUAGAUACAGAACGGGUAAAAAUUAACACAGAUCGACUGAUGGGUGAGCAGGAGUCAACAGAAACAGGAUUAACACCAACAGCUCACAGACAAUAUCUAACAGAUACAUCUAGUACAGCUCCUAGAGGUCCUCAUUGGUGUUCUAUAGCCUAUUGGGAACUUCGACAGCGUGUAGGGAGACUUUAUCCUGUUUUUAACCCAACCAUUAACGUGUUUCAGUUACUACCUCGUGGGGACGGAAUGAGCCUCGAAAUAUUACAAACCGAUGCAAAUCUGGAAUCUGUGAGACGAACUAGAGAAAAAAUCGGUAUUGGCAUUAUUUUAAGUAAAGAAACUGAUGGUGUGUGGGCCUAUAAUCGUUCACAGUUUCCAAUAUUUGUGAAUUCUCCAACACUGGAUGACCCAGAUUCAAGGACGUUGGUUGUGCGAAAAAUAUUACCUGGUUAUUCAAUUAAAAUUUAUGACUUUGAUCUGGCAAAACUACUUGAAAACACUAGAGAUCCAGCAUUGUUAGAUGGACCCUAUGAUCCGUGUUCCAUCCGUAUCAGCUUUGCAAAAGGCUGGGGACCGUGCUAUUCAAGACAGUUUGUGACAUCAUGUCCGUGCUGGUUAGAAAUUUUAUUGAAUAUUAAUAGGUGAUAGUUAUUGCUGACGUUAAAAUGUUAUAUUAAUUUACUGGUUAAAAGUUAGUAUAUUGCUGAUCAAUUCAGGGCAUUGGAUUUAAAUCUUUGGCCAGGGCAGUGGAUAGCCAUUCAUCAGUUUUAAUACGUAUGUAAAAGCUAAUUUGACGAAAAUGCUCCUAAUACAGUAUGCAGCAUGAAAAUGAAGAUGUAUAGAUUUAAUGAAUAUAAAUGUGCUAUAAUAGAGAGUAUAUCGACUUAGUUCACGAUGAGUGGUGAACAUUUAUUUCUGGUUAGUGCUGACACAAUAUAAAAUGGUGCCAUGAUGUGAAGUUAGCAGGUGAUUUGAAUACAAAUCAUCCAGACUUCGCAUCAACCUUGAAGUGCCUUGUUCCAUAGAAGAAGAAAAAUUGUAAUAUAGGCUACAAGUUCAACUGGCAAACAAUCCAGCAUCAACUUCAAACCAUCAAUUUAUUUGAUGCAUUAAUAUAUCACUAUUUACAGUAUAGUACAACAUGAAUUACCUCCCUUGAUUUUAACACUUGGAUAAAAAAGAUGACAAAAUUGACAAACAUAUUCAGACAGAAAUUCCUUCUAAAUAGAGCACCCGAAACGUUCUUACAACAAAUUUAUAAAAUUAUACCGUAACGUAUAGAUAAAAAUACUUAAAGAUACAUUAUGGAAGAUUAGAUAAAUAGCUGGCAGUUCUAACUAUAAUAGUUAAAAGCUAGAUAAUGUAAAGGGUAUUUACUGAAAAUUUCAGUCAAAUUGAGCCACUCUGAACCAAGAAUUUAGCGAUUGAAUUUACGUCCUAGCCUCGAUCAUCAUUACUAAAGUCGGUGCGAUAAAAAACAUAGUCCCGAUUAUCCCUUUCAUGAUUUAAUCAUGAAAGAAAGUUGAGCAGCAAAUCGGAUCUAAUCCAGUAAAUAUCGCAGGCUAGCGAUGACAUCGAGAGUUGAUUAUGGUCUGGAUAAGUUAAUUAAUGUCUAAUUAAUAAUUUAGAUAACAUUUCAGGCCUUAAGAAAGACCUGCAAUAGGCAGAUUUAGCUCUUGCAUAAUGUAUGUAUAAUUUUUAAAGUUUUAAAAUAUUAAUUGAACAGGUUACAAACUCAGUUUUUUCUCAAAAGAGUAUAGACAUUUUAAUACUGUAAAAUGAUUUAUUCAUAAAGUUUCUGUCUGAAUUUGUAAAAUUUAGGAAUCAGUCACCAUUUUAGAAAUAUCAAAUAAUAUAACAGUAUUACCUGGUAGCCUACUUUUGCUGAUCUUUUCUUACAUGAUUUACUCUCUUACUGAAUUAAUACAAUUCAAGGAAUUUCCAUUUGUUUUAAAAUGAUAUAAAAUGGUGGCUGAUUUUUUAAAUGAAUCACUUGCAUUUUGUCAGUAUAAUCUGGUAUAUAUCUUGUCAUAUGGAAUUAAGUGUACAUAAUGUCGACACAUUACUGUGUAAUUUAUAUAAAUAUGUGCAAUGUAAAUGUUGCAUUAACAAAAGGGGGACAGCAGUGUUGCCUGUAUUUGACAUAGCGGGUAUUGUUAAUUGUUUUAUAUGUUUGUAUUUGGGGUCACGGUAUGAAUGUUAAGUGAUGAAUCUUGUGUAAUGUUUUUUUUUUUUUAAAAAAACCUAUAUGUUGUGUUGAUGUAUCUCGAUUGUUGUAUGAUAGUGUUUGUUUGUUUUUUUUUUUUGUUUUUUUUUUCUAUGGUUGUUGAAAUAUUUUUUACAUAAUUUUUUAUUGAAAAAUUAUCAUCAAAAUAAACACUUAUUGAUAUUAGAAAUUAAAUUUUCAUGACAAAAAUCAAAAUGUUGCAGAUAUAUAUACUUAUAUGUCUAAAUAAUACCUCAUAAAUAUAAAAUAAGCUUUAAGUUUGUGUGGCAAAUAAUUAGUUAUUAUUGCCUUUAAGUGUGUAAAAAUGCUUAGCCUGUGGGCUUAGAAGAAUGUGUAGUUUUAUCCCAAUGGUCACCACCCUUUGCUAUAGUAAGGCAGACAGGGACAGCACAAAGCAGGUUUCUGCUUCAGUUAAUAGACCAUCCAUCAUGGCAGACAGACAGAUUAUAGUCAAUAGAUUUAGAUAUUUUGAACUAGAUUAAUAUAACCCUCCCUCUCCUCUUUAAAUACUCGUCUUUAUCUAAAAAAUCUUUUACUUUUCUAAUCUGUAGACACAAAAUCCUUUGAUUAAUGCCGACUGUUAUGAACUUUUUCUUUUGUUGUUUAGUUACCACCGAGUCAACAAUAUAGUUUACUUUUCAAUAAAAUAAAUUCUCUUCAAGGAAACAAUGGCUUUUAAGUUUUAAUGUUAAACUUGAUCUAACUACUUGCUUGAUAAUUUAUAUCUUUGAAUGACUAGUACAAUAGUCAUAGUUUUUUUUGUAGUCAUAUCAAAGUUUUUAUUUCUUUAAAGAUAUUUAAAAAAAAAAAAAAUUUAAAGGAUGAUUUUGGAGGUACAUGUAGUUAUUUUUUUUACAGUAGUUGUAAUAAAAACUAAUAUGAAAGGUUAUAAUAAUGUGUAACUUUAAUGAAAAGUCUAGCCUUUUAGCAUUCCUGUGUAAGUCAUCCUGUCCAGCCUAUCUGGAUUUGCUAGAUUUUUUCGAGUAGAGACCAAGAAACUUGUCUCCAACCUGUCACUAAAAUUAAGUCCUGCUCACCGAUUUGGAAACUAUCUGACUACUGCAGGGAUAAAAAGGUGUACAAUCUACCUUAAUGUAGGUUCUGUCAAUGUCACAUAAAUUCAUACACUACCAUAAAUACACUUUUAACUCAUUUGUAUAGUAUACCAUAAAAACUGUGCAAUAAAUAUUCUAGUAAAAACAGAAUAGUCUGAAGGUUUUAAUUGUUCAUUGUUCUUUUAAGGUAUAUUUUAAUAAAUUCACAAAUAAAGAGGCCACAUAAUGUUUAAAAGAUACAGUCUAAUCGAAAACUUAGUUUAACCAAAAUGUACACUUGGAAAUUUUUUAAAUACUCCUUGAAUGUUAGAUUAUGACCUCAAUAAGAUUUUUACUAUCAUAGUAACUUUUUUUUAAAAAAAUUUAAAAAUGCUAUUCAUCAAUGGAUUAUCCUGUUGGUAUGGAUUUUUUUUUUAUAGUAAAUGUGAUAACACUUUGUACAUGUACAUUUUUUUUUCAUUUAAAAUGGUUAGUAAAUAUCAUGUCUUAGAGCAUUGCUGAAGUUUGUAUUGUGCUAGAUCUUUUGGGGUAGCUAUAAGCUUAGUUUUUUCUAGACUAAAGUAGCUUCUAUUUGAUUUUAAGAUCUAUUUUAUCUUUUAAACUUUAGAAAUUAUCCGAGGUAUUUUGUUAUUUAGAGAUUUAUCAGUUUUAAUAACAGGAUAAUAAAAAAUGGCAUUUUUAUAUUGUAACCAGUUAUUACGAUAAUUGGUUAUUUGUUAUGGCAUUAUUACUUUAAUAUUUUAAUGUCAGUUUUUGUAUGUUUAUUUAUAAAUGGGAUAGAAAGCGAGGUGUACAUGUUAUUUUAGUGUAAUUGUGUUGAAUUGCCAAAACGUUAAGCUAAAAUAAUGAAAACAGGUAUAUAAUGAAAUACAGACAGGUAUAGUGUUGAGAUUAAAUUCUUCUUAAUCUACAGAACAUAUGUUUAUGUUAUUUUAGCCGAUUGUUUACGGAGAAAAAUUGAGCGGCACUGCUUUCCCCUUAACUGUAUUAUGAUUGGUCUGUUGGUUUGUUGUCCAUAUUAUCAUAUCUAAAAUGUCAUUUGAUUGGUUAUCUUAAUUAAAUUUAGCCCAUCUAAUAAUUUCAAUAUAAAAUUUUAUUUAAGUGAAAAUGAAUGAAAUGAAAAAUAACAUUUAACGACAAAUGGAUAGUGCUGUAAUAAUUUAUUAAUGUUAAUGUUUCUUUUGUGUAGAAUAUAUUAUUAUAUAUAAAACUAUGGACAACAAACUAAUUGAAAUAUUAUAUGAUUAUAAUGUAUGUAUAAUAUGUAUUGUACAGAACUCUGUAUGUAAGUGUUUAUAUUAAAACAAUAUGGGCAAAUCCCACAGAAUUACAACAAAAAAUAAAAGGAAAAAUCUUAAAAAUCUA